CCCACAUCAUCCACUGCAGAACUUGGAUCCUUUUCGUGGGUAGCUAGGGAUAAAAAGGCCGACAGAGCGACAGCCAGAUAGGUAUUGACCUUCGUCUCGAUUUUAAUUGCCUCUCUUCUGCAGCAAGAAUUCCAGCGAGCGCAUCGCCUUACAAAGACUAUAAAUUGGCAUGAUUUUGUGAGAAGCGAGGAAAAAGAAUAAACUUGUAUCAUCUUUCAGCUAACGGCAAGGCAUUAGCGAGACAAAAUGGAGGCCGCCAAGAAUCAAUACAACAAGCAGUACGAGAAGUGGGUGCCUUGGCUCGAGGACCUGUACCUGCGGUACUUUACCAAGGACAACAAGGCCAGCUACACCGCCCGCGAAAACCUUGACAAGACCAAAGUCACGGGCGUGAAGCAGGUCGACACGCUCCAGGACGGCGUGAACGAUCUCGUGAGCGGGCAGAUCGGUCAGGGCGGACUCGGACAGUCCGUCGGCGACCUCGCGUCGCGCGAGGGCAUGAGCCGCGCCGAGCGCAGCGGCAAGGACAACAAGGGCGAGUACAUCUCCACCGACGGCACUGCGGCCGUGGUUCCCGGCGGCUCUACGGUUGCCGGGGCUGGCAAUGCUGUCGCUGGCGGGGCCGCGUCGGGCGCCCAGCAGGCUGCUGCCGGCGUGCAGAGCGGCGUCAAGAGUGUUGGCGGCUUGAUGGGCUUUCAGAGGCAGCAGAAGCCGUAGUGAUGCGGUGGAUGGCGAAUACGGUUGGUUAAUUGUGGCGAUGUGAUAUUUCGAGGAUACCUACUGGCUGCUGCAGGCGUUGGACCGAAUAAGGGCAAUAAAUACGAUGUGGGCCCGGGGAGGUUGGUGUUUUACUUAUCUCGGCUUUCUUUGACAAUAGGUACUGCGUAUUUGUUUUGCAACAUAUUCCAUUGCUGUUAUGAUACCGAAGCAGUUAUUG